UUCGCUUGGAGUAGACUGGAAUAGACCACGAACAAACUAAGAAGUCUGAGGAGAGAGACCCUGCUGUCGUCACUGCUCCUGGUGUUAAAGAAGGCCUGAACGACGCCUGUCCUGCAGUUUACCGCGCUGCACUGAAGCUUCGUUCCCUGCAGAAACUUUGCCGCAUGCAUAUGGUCUCGAUCCGGGAUUUAGGCUCGGCUCUUUGGGCUGUAGGGGACUUGGGGAAUCUUUCCGAGGAAAGCUUGAAGCAGAGCCUAGAACAGCUCUUCCAGGGUGUUUUACAGAAAUUACCUGUUCAGGUGGUACCAGAAGCUAUAGAGCAGACUUCCAGACUUCUCUUCAAGCUGUACGACAGGGAGAAGACUGGCUUUGUCCUUCUCAGAUCUGUGGAAGUGGCACUGACGGUGCUUUCAGGAGACACACUUUCAGCCAAACAGAGAGCUCUGUUCCAGCUGGCUGUUAGCUGUAGCAGAAGGCAAGGCACAGAGGACGCCUUUGUCAGCCGUGCCGGCCUCAGGAACCUUCUGGACGACCUUAGUCAGGUGCCAGCUGUGGUCCAGGAGAGCCAUGUGUUUGGUCCAGUGGAGGCUGCUAUCCAAUCCUGCUUCAGUGGGGCUAUCAAUGGGAGAGCCGGGGAGGAACAUUUUGUGAGCUGGCUGCAAUCAGAGCCUCGUUUACUGCUGUGGCUGUCCACCCUCUACAGACUCUCAGUUAGUGAGGCAGUACAGCACAGAGUACACUGCCACGCCUGCAAGGCCUUCCCCAUCACAGGUCUCAGGUAUCGCUGUUUGAAGUGUUUGAACGUCCACCUGUGCCAAAACUGUUUCCUGACCAAGAAACGUACAAGGAAGCACAAGCCUUCACAUCCAGUUCUUGAGUACUGCACUCAGCCCUCAUGGAAGGAAUCAGUGGCAUCAUUGGCAUCCAGUGCUCGCCAUGUUCUUCUGCCACGGCGCUACACCAGGAGAGGAACAGAGAGGAGGAGACCUCUUAUAGCUGGAUCCAAUGAAGAGACACAUGACAGGUACAGAAAAAGAGUGUGUGUAUUCAUUAAUGUACAUUUUCAUUCUUUCAGGUGUCCUCUUUCCCUCAGUGCUCAUGUCUCAGAGCUGCAGCAGCAAGAGUGUGCUGAUAAUCUGGAAAGUUUGGACGUCACUGUAUCUGAAAAUGUUCCUCCUUCUCCUCCUCCUCCUCCUCCGCAACUUAACAUGGAGUCAAAAUCACUCCAGACAGAUGAGUCGGAAACCCAGCCUCAGAGGAAGAUGUCAUUACUCCAAAAGGACCUAAGCAUCACGCGAAACGCCAUGAAAGACCUGCAGAGAGAUAAAUGGUGGCUUCUGGAGAAAGAAUUUCAGGUGUGGAAAGUUGCUGCACAGUCAGAGCAUGACUCUUUGGAAGACAGGUGCACGGCGCUGGAGGCCACCAUGGAGGCGCUGAUCCAGCACAACCAACAGCUGGAGCAGGGGCUAGGACAAGUCAGACAUGCAUUGAGUACGAGGGGAAGAGAUGAGUUUGGCAGCGAUAUCCACACCCCUCCUCCACAACAACACAGCGGAGAUAACACCAGCGAGAAACAGUUCACAGAAUCUGAAAGUCCAGCUUCCUACACCAGCUCUACUACAAAAAAGGAUGAGGAAACACCGACAGGGGAAGUGAAGGAGCGAGAACAGCAGAUGGAAGCAGAAGAGACUCUGAAUCAAGUGCAAGAGGAAGGGCAUAUAGACGUAGUAGUUACUGAAACCUGUGUGAUCGAGACAAAGAAAGAGGUCCAACUUGUUGGGCAGUCUGAAGAUGAGGAGGAGGAGGAGGAGGAGGAAGAGGAGGAGCCACACCUUUACAUACAAGAGCUUAUUGGAAAAGAUAUAACCUUAGAAGGGUCUGCCAUAGUGGAGGAUUCUGGGACAGAUAACUCCGACGAGGAAGAAGAGCUUUGUGACCUAGUGCAGAGACUUCAUGGUGCACUCCUAUCCACACAAAUAGGCAAGUACAGUGUGAAGAUCAGUUGCAUACCUGAGCUAGUUUGCUUAAAGGCAAUUAAGAAAAUCACAUGGUAAAUAUGAGCAAAGAAGGCUGGGAAAAAUUGUCUUUAUUGUUUAA